AUGAAGAGAACGUGUGAUGAUGUUGACGAGGAUGAUGAUGGGGAGGAUGAUUAUGGGUUACAGUAUCUGCUGUUUAAAGCUGGCAAAUACACCAUCGUUUCAAUGAUGAGGCUCAAGUCCAUGGAUAACCCCUGUUGUUUCUGCGCAGGCCUGGGCGAGGCAGAUGUGAACCAGAACAAUGGUUGCCCCAGCAAGACGACAGCACUGACUGACUCCACGGGUGCAGAGGGUCCCCACGGCGCCUGGAACCCCUCCAGCACAGCUGACCCCAACGCCACUGGGCCACGCCCCCACUUGGCCCGCCUCUUCUCCCGAGAUGCCCCGGGACGCGAGGACAACACCUUCAAAGACCGCCCAUCUGAGUCGGACGAGCUGCAGACCAUCCACGAGCAGAGCGGAACGGGUUCGGAGUGUGGCUUGGAUUGUGGCGAACAGGACGAUAACUAG